AUGGCGAAUAUCCACAUCACUGAGCGCAACCGACACGUCGUGUGGGGCGGCGAUGCGAGGCUCCAACAACGCCAACACGACCAUCAACAUUAUUUGGAUCGACCACGUCAAGGUUUCUCAUGUGGGUCGUCAAAUGCUCGUGUCCCGAACAAGGCUGGUGUCGCCACUAUGACUGUCAGUAGCUCGGACUUUGACGGAAACACCGACUACUCGUCCACGUGCGACGGCCACCACUACUGGACCUUUCUGUUCUACGGCCGAAACACCGGCGUCAGCAUGUUUAACAACUACGUGCAUGGAACUUCCGGUCGGUCUCCUAAACUAGGUGGCAACAAGAACGAACACAUCGUGGCACACAUCGCUAACAACUACUGA